AUGGGCCGGGCUCCGAGCGGAGGCCGGAGGCGGAGCGUGGGCGGACCGUCCUCCGCGAGGUGCGCACCGGGAAGCGGCCGGCAUGCUCUGCUGGGCCCGGACCUGCAGGCUUCCCCAUGGGGCGCUCGGUCCCUUCGCUCCCAGCUUCUCGAGGGUGCCCGUCGCACUCAGCAGCAGCAGCGGCCAAAGAGAGGUCAAGCCGAGGCCGCUACCGCUGUCCUACAGGCUUCUGGACGGGGAUGCGACGCUCCCGGCCAUAGUCUUUCUGCAUGGGCUGUUCGGCAGCAAAACCAACUUCAACUCCAUCGCCAAGGCCUUGGCCCAGCAGACCAGCCGAAGGGUGCUGACAGUCGAUGCUCGGAACCAUGGUGACAGCCCCCACGGCCCAGAUGCCAGCUACGAGGCCAUGUGCCAGGACCUGCAGAGCCUCCUGCCCCGGCUGGGCCUGGCGCCUUGUGCCCUCAUUGGCCAUAGUAUGGGAGGAAAAACAGCCAUGCUGCUGGCGCUACAGAGGCCAGAUCUGGUGGAACGACUGAUUGUAGUGGACAUCAGCCCAGUGAAGACCACAGCCACUUCAAAUUUUGCAACCUACGUGGCAGCCAUGAAGUCCAUCAACAUCCCAGAUGAGAUGCCCCGCUCCCAAGCCCGAAAACUGGCUGACGAGCAGCUCAGCCACACUAUCCAGCUUCAGACCCCACAGGACAUGGACGUGCGGCAGUUCCUGCUCACCAACCUGGUGGAGGUAGAUGGGCGCUUCCAGUGGAGAGUGAACUUGGAUGCCCUGGCUGAGCACUUGGACAAGAUCAUGAACUUCCCACCACAACAGGAAUCCUAUUCUGGGCCAGCCCUCUUCCUCCUUGGAGGAAACUCCCAAUACGUGUGUCCCAGUCACCACCCUGAGAUCAGGCGACUCUUUCCUGGUGCCCGGAUACAGACUGUGCCUAACGCUGGCCACUGGGUUCACGCUGACUGCCCGCAGGACUUCAUGGCUGCCAUCCAGGGCUUCUUGGUCUAAGAGCUGCUGUCUGCAGGAGGGGCAGGAGGCCCCAGGCUUCGUGUCCUUGCAGCCCAUUCCACAUUUCCACGCAGGACUCAGGCGGCACUGAGAGAGCGCGAGGGUGUGGAGGUGGCCAGGCCAGGGUUUUAAUGAAUAAAGACAGUUCUCCACGAUCCUGGGAUGAGUUCUCACCACCAACGCCCCAGUCGGGCCCAGGGGCUCCUGGCAGCACCAGGGUCCCCAGGGGUGCCCAGAGCACCCCUGGAUUCUCUCUGCAGCUGACUCUGGACCCGCUGCCUCACCAUCUGCUGCAUGUCCUCCUGGGCCAGGAGAGCAGGUUCAGGACUGGCACUGGCCCAGCUCCCCACACCGCCCCAGGCCAGGUGGCGUCCCCACCCUACCUCCCAGGCCUCCACCUCCUGCCUCAGCCUCAGUUUCUCCUCCAGGACCUCCAGCAGCUGGGCCUCCACCGCACGCAGCCUGGCCUUGCAUGUGUCCAGCUCGGCCUCCACUGCCCGCUUCCUGCAGGCAGCAAGGACCGCAGCCUGAGGUCCAGGUCCUGGGGGUGGGCGAGUGUGACCACAGCCCCAGCCCCACCAUGGAGUGGCUUUUCUCCAGGAAUGCCUGACUCCCCCGCCCCUGUGGCCGGGGCCUGUGGAUGGCCCUCGCCCCCGCCCACCCCCAGCCCUCACUUGGCAAUGGCUUCAUCCCGCUCCUGCAGGACUCGGUCCAGGGAGGGCUCUGUCUGGAUGUCCCCCAGUGCUCCAGCUGCUUGGGAUUCUGGGCUCUGUUGUAGGGCGACAAAGGACGGGGACAGUGAUCUGGGGAUUGUCAGAAUGAGCUGUCCCACCCUGGGCCCUUCUGCCCUGGCCUUGACCCUGAUGCUGGUGUGGGGAGGGGAGGAAGCUGAGAUGUUUUGUCCCCUGGCCUUGUGACUGCUGGAGAGUGGAGCACAGGAGGCCUGCCUGGCCCGGGCCUUGGGGCCCCAGGGAGGGAGGAGUUCUCACCCUCUCCUCAGGAAAGGUAAGUGGGUUCGGGACACUUACCGCUCGAGAGCCCUGGAUAGAAAGGGUGGCCUGGUGACGGGACUCUUGUUGGCAGGGUGGGGCAAGGAAAGGACAUGGCCCUUUGCCCUCCCUCCCUCCCUCCCAGGCAAGGCACUUCCUGGCAGGCCCGGCCCUGCCGCGGGGCGGGCCCAGGACAAGGAGCCUGGGGCCCCUCCCUCCCGUCCUGCAUGGUGCCCAGGCACAGGCCUCCCUCUCCUGCUUCUUGUGACGACAGAGUCAGGAAGAUGCUGCAGCCCCCCAGAAUGAAGGGCCUGUCCCCUUGACACCUGGAGUGGCGUCGUCCACACACAGCUCUGAUCUCACCUCACAGGAAACAAGAAAAAGUUAAUUCGUGGCAGACUUCUCCAGACUAGUAGUCCCUUGAUACAUUGCUGAGGCUGGCUUUGAAUUUGCGAUCCUCCUGCCUCGGCCUCCGGGGUCCAUGGGAUUGCAGACGGGCACCUGGCCCUCUAGACAGCUUGACCGUCCCUCCUCCCUGCCGUCUUGCACCGUUCUCUGACCCGAGAGCAUGGCUGCAGGUGCUACCCUCUUGGGGGCAGGUCUCAGGACCCCACACCACCCUCGGUGACAGUCUCUCUGUGGGCACACUGAGGGGUAUACCAGGGAUAUGAAACUCAGAGACUCGAGCCCACUGAGAGGCCUUGGCAGUGAGUUUGUGUCCUGGGGAUCAGGUCUCCAGCUCAGCCCCAAGCAGUAAAUGCUUCCUCCAAGACCCUCCAGGAAGCCCUGCAGCCAUGACUCCUGAUCUCCCACCCCACCCAGCCAGGUUGGCCUCCAAUGACCAGCCUCAGUGAAUUUUUAAAGGGCUGACAUUGAGUUGUUUUUUUUGUUUUGUUUUGUUUUGUUUUUUGGGUGCUGGGGAUCGAACCCAGGGCCUUGUGCUUACAAGGCGAGCACUACCAACUGAGCUAUCUCCCCAGCCAGCCUCAGUGAAUUUUAUGACCCCAGGUCAAGAGGUGGGCUUGAGCUUUACCCUAAACACAGCUCUGCCAUUACCCAGAUGGGCCCUGCUCUCGGGGUGCUCCAGGGUUAGUGGGGGUGAAGCACAGUGAUAAUGGUAAGAGGGUGGCAGGGGUCCCCAGAUUGGGGGCACAAAGGAGGCCCCUUAUGCCCAUCAGUCAAGGGGGUCCUGAGGAACUUGGCCAAGGUGAAUUCGGCAGGCUGUCAGCAGUCAGCCAGAAGGGCUAAUGCUUGCCAGACAUUUAAACUUUUUUUAUUUUGAAACAAUGUCAAAUUGCUCUUUGAUAGCAAAAAAAAAAAAAAAAAACUUUUGCAGUUAAAAAAAAAUUCUAUUACGGUGUCAAACAUUAUGCCCCAUGGUCUCAGCUCGCUGGUCUCCCUCAAUCUAGAACAAUUUGCAGCCUUUGAGUUUCACGACCUUGACAUUUUUGAAGUUUACAGGGAAGUUAUUUCCUAGACCGUCAUUUGUCUCCAUCUGAUCCUUCCUCUGAUUGGACCACGGUUGUGCGGGCUGAGGCAGAAGGGCGCUGCCAUCUUGUAUCCAGCAAGACUGGUGGUGGUAACAUGGACCAGGUGAUCAAGAAGCAUAAAAAGGUGGCGCACGCCUGUGAUCCCAGCGGCUCAGGAGGUUGAGGCAGGAGGAUCGCAAGUUCAAAGGCAGCCUCAACAACUCGGCAACACCCAAUCUUCAAAUAAAAUAUAAAAAAAGGGGUGGGGA